AAUGUGUUUAUUUCUCUAACACUGUAAAAAUAAUCUCACUCUUCUAACACUUUUUCCUUUCCUUUUCUUCAUCUCUUCUUCAAUGACUUUCUUUUUCCUUUUCUUUUUCACUCCAAUAAUAACAACUUGGAUUCUAGUUUGAUAUUGCUCAUCCUGACACUUUCAUCAUUAUAUUCACCUAUUUCAUUCAUUUCUACAUUUUCAUCACGUGUUUUUCUGACACUUUCUUUUUCUUCUCUCUCUCUCUCUGUGUAGUUUUCAGUUUUCAGUUUUCACUUCCUCUCACUCUCUUGUCGCUACCUCUCUUCAAAAUAUGCUCUUUCAAUGGCUAUUAUGCUAAAAGGAUAAACUUUUGCUUAGUCUUUUCUUGUUUUUUUGGUUUUUUUAGUUCCUUGAUUCUGUUACAUGGGAUGGAAUCUUGGAGUUAUAUUUCUGAAGAAAAGGGUUAUGUUUCCAAUGAGAAUCAAGGUUCUGAAGAAAUGGGUUUUUGUGAAAUGUUAGGGAAACAAUUUUCAGAUGAUUUCAAUUUCAUUGGGAAUGUUUCAAGCAAGAAACUUGAUGCUAAAUUUGGUGACCCAAAUGGGUUUUCUUCAAAAGGGGACUCAAAUUCCAAGCUUUCAAACGCUGUGGUGGAGACUAAUGCUUGGGAUUCUCUUAUUGAUUUGAAGCUGGGACGUUUUGUUGAUCAUGGUCAUGGAGGACCUAUUUUGUCUUCUUGUGAAUCAUCAACACCUCCCAAGAGAGUCAGAGUGCAUUCACUCACUGCAUACUGUCAAGUUUACGGCUGUAACAAGGAUCUUAGUUCUUGUAAGGAUUAUCACAAAAGGCACAAAGUUUGUGAGGUUCACUCCAAAACUGCUGUAGUCAUAGUGAAUGGAAUUGAGCAAAGGUUUUGUCAACAAUGUAGCAGGUUUCAUUUGCUGUGUGAAUUUGAUGAUGGUAAGCGCAGCUGCCGCAAACGACUUGCAGGCCAUAAUGAGCGUCGCAGAAAACCACAAGUAGGCGUUCAUUCUGCGAAUUCCAGGAGAUUGUUUCAGCCAUGUGGUGAUAUAAUGUUCCACAGAACCAAGCCACCACAAGCAUCUUUUAUCUGUCCAGAGGUGUUCUCUAAUGGUUUCUCGAGACAGAUUAAAUCAGAACACGAAACCGGCUUUAGACCUUUAUCUUCUGUGCCUGUUACGAAUGGACAUCAUCAACCAAGGUCUUCGUUUGUUUCGUACAACGGCAAACAAUUUCCCUUCCUUCAUGAAAAUGUUGCCACAUCCACUACAGGUAGCAGCAUGUUUGGUGAAAACAAUAACCAUUAUGCACAUGCGGUUGGCAACACCUCGUUGGGAAGGGAAGAUUUCAAUGCUUUUCAUGCCGCAUCAACCGUUCGAGGAUUAUCAGGAAUUUCAGACUCUUGUGCUCUCUCUCUUCUGUCAUCUCAAUCCAAGAACACAUCAAGCCAUUCGUCGGGAAUUCCCUUUGAUCACCCUUCGGUUAUCCCAAGCAGUCAUAGCCCUCUUUAUAGCAUAAGAUCACAAACGACGUCCUCAAGCCGAGUGUCUGAUGGAUUUUUAUCAGAAUUAAGUCCUGCAGAUGGAGGUCAUCUCAGCCCUUUAUUGAUACCAGACAAUAAUGAUAUUGUGAACUUUGAAAUGGCAGAUGGAAUCUUUCAAGAUUCAGAUUUCGUGAAUGCUAAAGACCGUCUUUCGUGUGAAGAUGAUGCAACCAUCGACUUACUACAACUGUCGUCGCAGCUUCAGCGAGUCGAGCAUCAUAGACAAUCUUUGCAGGUGAAGAACGAGAGUGAUUCUUCUUGCACUCUCCGAAUUACUUAAGGUGAUUUCGAAGAGGAAACAAGUUGUGCAUUAUAUGACACACCUACGUAUGAUGCCAUUUACCUUAGACAACAUGGGCCACAAGGAAGUAGAAGCUUCUGAUUCGGAUUAAGAAUUUACUAAACAUGUUAGACUAUAUUCAUGAUAUUUCUAGUUUUGAAAGUUGGGAUGCAAUUGUCCCUCAGUUUUUAAUAUAUAAUCAUGUUGAUGUAAUAAUCAAAGGCCUUAUAUGUAUCAAAAUAUGCUAUUCAGAGCAUAGAUACUAGUGAUACUCUUUGAUAUAGUGAAAAUCUUUGUAAUAACCUCUUAUUUUUUGUGGUCAAAAUGAGAUAUUACUGUUGCAUGUUUGAGUCAAA